GGAUUUUUUUGUUUUUGUUUUUUUAAACGGUCAACAUAAAUUUUUUUUACCUUUUCUAUUCAUAACACAAGAAAUAACGGAACCGUUAACAUUAUGGUCAUCCAAUUUUUCGGUAAUCUUGGGCUACGGCCAUUUGUAAUAAUAAUAGCUUUGAAUUUUUGUUUUUACUAUCCGAAUGGUGGUUUUUGUCAUCAAAUGGCUAUAUCUUAUGGCAAAAAUAUUGGCCGAAAUCGAUGUGAACCGAUUAUUAUACCAAUGUGUGUGAAUAUUGGUUACACACAUACAUAUAUGCCAAAUAUAUUAGAAAUGGAAACUCAACAAGAGGCUGGUCUUGAAGUACAUCAAUUCUGGCCAUUAGUUCAUGUAAAUUGUUCCGAAGAUUUAAGAUUUUUUCUAUGUUCAAUAUAUACACCUAUAUGUAUUGAAGAAUAUUCCAAUUAUAUUCCAUCAUGUCGAUCGGUCUGUGAAAGAGCCAGAAUCGGUUGUGAACCUUUACUAUUACAAGGUGGUUUUCAAUGGCCUGAACAAUGGAAAUGUAAUAGAUUUCCCGUAUACGGAAAUCGUAUCUGUAUGGAUCCAAAAAAGAGAAAAUUUUGAAGCAAAUCUUUUGCAACGUGCGACAUCUUUUGGUCUAAAAUCCUACUGAAGAAUUUCAAUUUCAAAUACAUUUUUGAAACUAUUUUGUUUGGAACGUCGCCA